CACUGUGCUGUGAGAGAGACGGGAGAGCUCAAGAUGGUGAGAUUCCUUCCGCAGGUCUUCCUGCUUCUAGUGGCUGCUGGGCUCAUCCGCUGUUUCAUGCCAAUCUUCGGAAGAGGUAGCCGAACGCAUUACAAUAUUACCAAGACGGCAGCUCUCCAAGCCAUCCUCACGGUCUUCCAGCAAGUUCCCAGUCCGCAAGGCAACAUUGUGCCCAAGGAUACCUUCCAGGCUGCCGGCCGUGACCUGACAGCAGAGAAACUCUUUGCCAUAUACUAUGGAGAGCCGGUAUCUGUCCAACAGUUCAGCCAGUGCAUGAAGGUGAUGGGGGCGGCCAACACCUUGGUGGACGUGCUGUAUAUACUGUCCAGCAAGAGGCAUUUUGAUUCAGAGACAAUCCUGGAGGGCAAGGAACUACUACUGGUGGGCAAGGCCAGUGUGGUGAAGGGUAUACUGGAGGACAAACGGUUCUCUGCACUUCGGUCCAUGGGCACCACUCUCCACACGCUACAAGAUUUCUACAGCCACAGCAACUGGGGAGUGGAGUUGGGCUUUAAAAGUCCGAACAGGAACCUCAUCGAUCCCAGUGGGACGGUCGAGAAUCUAGCAGGGAGAGGUGACAAGACCUGCCAGGAAUGCUCCAGCCCAGGAAGCUGCCGGGAAAAUAUCCUGCCCAACAUCAUCAGUCACAAACUCAUCACCACCGGCUACUUCAGUGUCAACCCCUUCAGCGUCAAGCCCAAAGGCAAGUGCAGUCACGGUGGGAAAUCGGAUCUGACUGCGCGUGGGACUGGUGGGAUUAACAAGGAUACACUCUCGUCUCCUCACGGACACAAACACCUUCGGGCAGCGGAAAUUGCUACACAGGCGUCCCUUGAACUCUUCCUGGAUAUUUGAGAUGCAGUCGGUGACCGGAAAUUCCUGCAGUUCCUCUGCGUGGACCCUCCCUCCAGCAUCUCUUUCGUCAUUGACACCACAGGCAGCAUGAGGGACAGCAUCGACGCAGCCAAGCAGAGGACAAUCGAAAUCGUGCAGAAGACCCGGAAUUCCCGAUUCCAGCCCUCCUCCUACAUCCUGGUACCAUUCAACGAUCCGGAGUUCGGGCCAGUAUUUGAGACACGCGACCCCGAUCAGUUCAUUGCCCGUCUGCAGCUGUUAACGGCCGUGGGAGGGGGAGACGCCCCAGAAAUGUCCCUGUCCGCUCUGCAGCUGGCCCUCACUCACUCGCUGCCUCUCUCCCACAUCUACGUCUUCACCGAUGCUCCAGCCAAAGAUUUCCAUCUGGCUCCCACCGUCCAGGCGCUGAUCGAGCGCACCCAGUGUAAGGUUUACUUCCUCCUGACCAAUGUCCUGUCCCGCAGACGGCGCAGCACUGAGUCCAAUCCCGGGAUCGCACUGUACCAAAGUCUGGCCCGGGACUCGGGGGGGUUGGCGGUGCAGGUGAGCAGGAACCAGAUUAUGGACCUGACCGCCAUCGUCGAGGGAUCCAUCACGGGAGAGCUGGUCACCAUCCUUCAGCGAGACGGAAACAUGGAUCACCUCACAAACAUCUUCCCCUUCCACGUGAAUGGAGCAUUGAGGAACGUCACCAUCUUCCUGUCUGGCAGUCCGGAAAACAUCCACAUCUCCAGUCCCAGAGGUGUCCAGCAGCCUCACUCUAACUCCUCGGGGACACUGGCAACGAUUGAGUGCCUGGGAGACCUCUGCAUCAUAACGCUGAACGCAGCGCCCGAGCUCGGCGAAUGGAGCCUCACUGUACAGUCGGGGACCCCGUACACGGUGAAAGUGACAGGACAGAGUGUCGUGGAUUUCCUGUACGAGUUCGUGGAGGCUUUCGAGGGUCCCCACCCAGGGAUGGUCACGGUGACUGGCCGACCAUUGGCAGGUGAACCAGCCACACUCAAGGUCACAAUGACGGGAUUAGAGAACUACCCAUCCCACCAGCCCAAGAACAUCUCCCUGCUGGACUUCCAGGGGAGGACGCUCAGUAAGGAGGCCCUGACUCCAACCUCAGAGACCAGCAUUUUCCUGGUCGAGUUCAUGAGCUUUCCAUCUCAAGAGUUCUUGGUGCUGCUCCAAGGAACAGAGGAGAGCGGCAGGAUCUUCCAAAGACAGAGUCCAUCUGUUACCUCCAUCAGCAGUACCAAACUCACGGUCAUGUUCGAUCCCAGCUUUAUCGCAGGUGAAAACAUUACCAUCCACUUCAACAUUACCAAUGCUGGGCCGGGAUCUGUGUACAAUAUCUCUCUGACUGACGAUCAAAAUGUCACAAGUGGAAACCCUCUGAGACUGUACGUCGGAAAGAACCAGUCUGCGGAGGGUAACCUGACCACUCCCACCCCCACUGACGUGGAAGCAGGAACCCUGGUCACAGUGACGCUCGAGGCCCAGUCCGACAUCGACUUCACCUAUGCUGUCCUCCAGCUGAUGGUCACCGAGCGGAAUGUGGAUGUCGACCCUCCUACCUGCCGGACCACUGCACUGACCGGCCACUGUCCUGCAAAGAAGGAGCAGGAGGUGGACUGCGCUGAGCAGACCUGGGGCCUCCAGGCUGAGUUCUCUGAGCGAGGACCUGCCUGGGCCAGUGUCCGGGCUCGCCAUGAUAAUGGGAACCUGACCAUCGAGCAGGAGCAGGAAGGGGAGUUCCGCCUGACGCUGGUGGAGUACAACUCCACCUGCUGUCACCCCUCCAUCACCCUCCUCGGGGUGGACGCCUCUGGCAAUGUGGGCAGCUGCUUCAUCGAGGCCCGGAGUCGGGCCGGGCCCUCCACCAUCUCCGGAGGGGCCGCUGCUCUCCUCAGCCUCUCUAUCCUUGCCACUUCUCUGCUGCUCUGAAUGUAGGAUCUGCCCAACCUGCUCCCUGGGCACUCCAUGUGGACACCCCCUCCCCCACCAGAUGCAUCCCUCACUCAAAAGAUCAGUGAAAAAUUCCCUCUCCCACACCUUCCAGAGGUCACAGUUGUUCAGCUGGGUAAGGCCGAGCAGACUCAAUGGGCUGAAUGGCCUAAUACUGCUCCUGUUUCUUAACGAAACAGAUGCUGCACAUUUGAUGCCAUAUCCCUCUACACUUCCGAUCUGUGCAUCUGUCCAAUUUCAUAGAGCCCUACACAACAGAAAUAGGCCCUUUGGCCCAUCUGGUCCAUGCUGACUGAGAUUCUCAUCCGUCUAGACCCAUUUGCCCAUGUUUGGCCCUUAUCCCUCUGAAUUUCUCCUAUCCAUGUACCAGUCCAAGUGUCACAGAGUCACAAAGCCUGGAGACAGACCUUUUGGCCCAUCUGCUCCAUACUGACUGAGAUUUGCAUUUAAGCCAGUCCCAUCCCUCCAGACCUUUCCUUUCCAUGUAUCUGUCCAAGUGUCUUCUAUAUAUUGUUAAUGUCCCUAUGUCUGGCAGCUUAUUCAAUGCACCCACAUUCUCUGCAUGGAAAUGUUUGCACAUCAGGUCCCCUUUAAAUUGUUCCCCUCUCACCUUAAAUCUGUGCCCUCUCAUUUUAGACUUUCUUACCCUAGGGAAAAGAUCGUGACCAUCCUCUUUGUAUCUGCCCCUCAUGGUCUUAUCAAACUCUAUAAGGUCACCUCUCGGCCUCCUUCACUCCAGGGAAAACAGUCCCAGCCUGUUCAGCCGCUCCUUAUAACUCAAGUCUCCAGUCCCAGUAGCACCCUUAGGAAUCUUUCCUGCGCCCUCCCCAGCUUAAUGACAUCCUUCCUAUAGUUGGGUGGCCAGAACUGCACACAGUACUCCAAGUAUGGUUCACCAAUCUCCUGUACAGCUGAUAAACAUAAGAAAUUCUGCAGUUGCUGGAAAACCAAAGCAAACACACAAAAUGCUGGACCCUUCUCCAGGACCAGAGGAAAGGAGGAAGAUGUCAGAGUAAAAAAGAGGGGGAAGGAGAAGGAGGAUAACUAGAAGGUGAUAAGUGAAGAGCUGGAGAGGAUGGAAUCUGACAGGGGAAGAGAGUGAGGAAAAGGGGUCCAAGGGGAUAGUGACAGGCAGGUGAGAAGAGGUAACGUGCCAGAGUGUGGAAUAGGUUGGAGGCUACCCAGAUGGAAUCCAAGGUGCUACUCCUCCACCCCGAGGGUGGCUUCACUGUGGCACAAGAGGCGGUCGUGGACCGACAUGGUUGAAAUGGAAAUGGGAAUUGGAAUUAAAAUGCUCGGCUACUGGGAAGCUCUGCAUUUGGCAGAUGGUCUAGAGGUGCUUGAUGAAACAGCCCCCCAAGUUACAGCAGGUCUCACCAGAGAAGAGAGGGCUGCAUCGUUAGUACUGGAUAUGAUAGAUGACCCCAGCAGAUAUGCAGGUGAAUUGUUGUGGCAUGCCAACUCCUGUACUCAGAGCCCUGACUGGUGAAGGCUUGUGUGCCAAAUGUCUCCUUCACCAUCCUGUCUACCCUUCUAGGCAACCAUAUAUCUAUACCCCUAGGUCCUGCUGCUCUACACCAUUCUCUGAUAUAUUAUUGUUAACCGUGUACGUUCAGUGCUAAUUUAACUCCCCAAAAUGCGGCACCUCACACUUGUCCACGAUAAGUGGUUGAAUCACCCCCUUACUCCCCUCAAGUCCCUUCAUUUGCGUAUGAAUGAACCUUAACUCCAUUCAUUAACUGCCAGCAAAGGUUGAACACCCUUUCUAGCUCUGAAAAUAGAGCACGGAUUUGAACUCCUGGCUGUGGUUGAAAAUGCUUGACAACUUUACUUCAGUGCAUUAACUUUAUUUUUGUGUUCUGAAUUCUCAGUACGUAGUUUGUUAUUGAAGUCAGGAGUCCAAAAUAAAACUCCUCUUUUCCAAAAUUCCCUGAAGUUGCUGCGUUUAGCCUUAAGCAGGAGCUCUCCAAGUGCAUUGGCAGUCAAUUGGACAACAUUUGCUGCGUUUUGCCUGUAAAAUAACCUUUUCUCAUCCAUGUACCUGGCCAAGAAUCUGCUAGUUUCAUUAAUUAAAAAAAACUCUUUGUUCAAUUUUUUCAAUAUGUUUCUUCUAACCUCACUAAUUCUCAGUGGAUGGUUCCACCUUAUCUGUCAAGAAUUCUGUCUAACCACCUCUCUGGCCCUGAAAAUAUAAUGUCACGUCUCUGAUAAUUAUUGAUCUUGGGAGAUGAGAUGAAACAUUUAUAUAUUUUCAUCGUCUAGGUCGAGUCAUAGAGAUACAAAGCAAAAAAUAGGCCCUUUGACCCAUCUGGUCAAUGCUGAACAAAUCACCCCCACAGUCCCGUUUGCCCAUGUUUGGCUCAAAACCCUAAACUAAACAUCUGCCUAUCUGCUGGCUUUAUUAAUAAAAAACAACAAACUCUUUCAAUAAGGUUCUUCUUACCUCCCUCGUUCCAUUAGUGAGACAGUAUCCUUCUUGAAAGUCCAAUUGGACUUUAUCAUCAGAUUCAUAAGUCCAUUUGUGCAAAGGUGCAAUGAAAAACUUACUUGUUGCAACAUCACAGCAACACAGAAUCACAGACACAACAUUCACAAGAAAAAAAUUAAAAUUUAUUGUAAACUAUCUAUAAUUAUACAAGGAGGAACACAGCUAGGACAAUAACGCAAAUUUGACUGAUGGAAGCUGAGAGAAAAUGGCAUGGCCCGGAUGGUGCUGUCUUUGAUUCUGGACAUUGCCGUCCUCAGGCAGUACUUGCUGUAGACACUACCGGUGGUGGGAGGGAUGUGACCAUGAUGAAAAUACUGGGCUGAGUCCACUGCUCUCUGCAGCUUCCUACUUACCCGAGCAUUCGAAUUGCCGUACCAGACCAUGAUGUAACCAGUCAGAAUACUUUCAACAGUACAUCAGUAGCAGUUUGUUAGUGUUAGGUGACUAGUUAAACCUCUUUAACCUUGUAGGGAGAUGCAAGGAGAUGUUGUGGCCCAGAUGGCGGGGAUCUUGAAUGUCUUUCACUAUGUAUUGCAUUGUGUACGCUGUUUGAUAUUGGAUUCAAAACUCCUCAACAAUACCAAACAAAGCAAUCAAAGGAUUGGGCUUAAAGCUAACUUUGAAAAGUGCAGAAAAAGUUUGAAAUACAUCUUUCCAGAAUUUUUCAAGGCUCAGACAUGUCCAAAACAUAUGAAUUAGUGUGGCCACUCCAUUAGUACAUCUAUCACAGUAAGGGGAAAUAUCUGCGUAGAAACGGGAAAGCUUGUCUUUAGACGUAUGAACUCUAUGUACCACUUUGAAUUGUGAUAAAGAAUGACGAGCACACAAUGAUGAAGAAUUAAUCAAUUUUAAAAUAAUCUUCCAGCUCUCAUCAGAUAUGAAAAUCUGUAAAUCCUUUUCCCAAUCUCCUUUAAUUUUAUCUAAAGAGGCCUUUUUCAGUCCCAACAGUAGACCAUAAAUGUAAAAUAUUGAACCGUUAUCAAAGGGUAUCAGAUUUAAAGUUGUAUCUAUUAUAUUCUUAUCUGGACUUGUAGGAAAUAUAAGUAAUUGAGAUCUUAAAAUAUCUCUAAUCAGUAGGUAUUGAAAAAAGUGAGUGUUGGUAAGGUGAAAUUUCAUUGAAAGUUGCACAAAAGGAGAGUCCCUCCAUCAAACAAAUCCUGAAAUCAUUUAAUACCCAACCUAUCUCAUUCUUUACAAGAUAAGUCAAUUAAAGAUGGUUUAAAAAAACAGUGAGAAAAUAUGGGACUUGAAAGGGAGAAUCUCAAUAAACCAAAAUGUUUUCUAAACUGUAACCAAAUCCUCAAUGUAUGUUUAACCACCACAUUGUCAAUCAGUUUAUUUAAAGAUAAAGGAAGUGAGGAUCCAAGUAAAGAAAUAAUGGAAAAAUUUAUAACAGAGUUGACUCCCAGAGAAACCCAUGUAGGGCAAUUCUCAUGGUUAAUGUAAUAUAUCCAGAACGUAAUAUUAUGUAUAUUAACUGCCCAAUAAUAUAAUGUAAAAUUGGGUAAGGCAAGUCCUCCACUCUGUUUGGUUAAGCCCAAUCCUUUGACUGCCUUGUUUGAGAUUGUUGAGGAUGGUGCUACAAAACUGAAGCCAUCUAAUUUGCGGGUAUUGGCCUUUAUGUCUCUUAUGGUCAGGAGGGCGAUCUUGUUCAAGUGGAAGGAGGCCGCCCUGCCCACUCAUGUUCAAUGGCUAUCUGAUGUUAUGUUGUGCCUUGAUCUAGAGAAGAUUCAUUGUUCGAUUUCUGAUUCUAAACAUGACUUUCUAAUGUUAUGGGGACCCUUUCUGAUGUAUUUUCACAAUCUUUGAACUGUUAUUAAAGUAUGGAUCUGAGCCAUUAUUACUAUAAUAUUAGAUGGUAAGGUAUUCUUCUUUUUGCUUCUUUUUUUUAACCAACCAGCUCAUUUUGGUAGUGGCGGUAGAUUUCUUUUAAUAAAAUACAAUUAUUUUAUUCAAUUUCAUUUCAUAAUUCAAUCUUUUUUUAUACAUGAUUGAUUUGGCA